AGACAGAGGUGCCUGAAAGAUUUAGAGUAACUCAACCUUCUCUAAAAGAGGCAGUGACAGAAGAGACAUGGGGUUUCUUUCAAUCUCCAAUCACAGAGGAUUUGUCCACUGGCAAGGGCUCCUGCUUGUUGUCUCACUCUUAAACUUCUGGAGCCAGCCCACCACUGCCCAAGUGACAGUUGUAUCAGCUGAUGGUCUCGAGGGGCAUGAUGUGACUCUUCGUAUCUGCCAUCAUGCUCCCCAUGCAGAACUUUUUCUGUGGUACAGGGGAGGAAACGUUGACAUCCAUAAUAAUAUUGCAUAUCUUUUAGUCAGCCAAGGAAACUUUGUAAGAGGUCCUCAAGGUGCACGAGCGAUAGUAAACGGUGAUGGGUCCUUGGUGUUAAAGAAUGUCACCAUGAGAGACUCAGGAAUCUACACUGUAGAGAUCCAAGUACGAGGCUGCCAGCAAAUGAUAGCAUGUGGACGAAUAGAUGUAUACCGGCGUGUGAGUGUACCCACACUCUUUGCCACCAACACAAUAGUCAACGAGUAUGAUGCUGUGAUUUUUACCUGCGACACAGAUGCUGAAACCAUUGAGUGGUUUUUUAAUGGUGCAAGUCUGCAGGACACAGAAAGAAUGAGGCUGUCACUUGACCGCAGACACCUCACCAUAGACCCUGUCCUGAAAUGGGAUGAUGGUGAUUACCAGUGUAAAGGCUCCAACCCCCUGAGUUCUGGUAAAACUGGUCCGCUUAAGCUGCAUGUGAAAUGUUAGUGACUCUCCUCCCCCCCACCAUGUUGUUAUACUCUAAAUAAAGUACUUUUUUGCAAUAUCAUAAUUGAUUUG